UUUAGAGGCAGCAGAAGCACUUUCACGAUCAGUUGCAAUAAGACUAUCAACACGAUGAGACGAUCAUCAGGAAAUCCCAUUGGUGGCUGGUUUGUUUGUUUGUUGAGCUUGAUUUCGGUAGUUCACUGUGCAAGCUUCGAUGGACGUGUUUCCGAAACCAACGACCCUGAAAGAUCUUCAGAUAUCAACACUGUUCUUCCUAAAAGUACUCUUGAAAAUGAGUACAACAAAUGCGGAAAUCGUAACAUCGAUGGGAUAGGAUUCGAUGAUAGGAGUUUGACCGAUUGGGAUGCCAAAUACGGGGAAUUUCCCUGGUUGGUGGCUAUUCUCCUGGAAAAGACUGAUCCGACUGGCGAAACCCAACGAAACUAUAUCUGCGGAGGUUCUUUGAUUCAACCGGAUGUCAUUCUGACAGCAGCAUUUUGUGUGCUGAACCGAAAUGCUACAAGCAUUUCCGUUCGGGCCGGCGAAUGGGAUUUCCAGUCAACUCUUGAGCCGUAUCCUCAUCAGGAUCGCCAAGUGAAACACAUAACAAUUCACGAGGACUACAAUCAAACGUCUCAAGCAAACUGUCUAGCCCUGCUGUUUCUGGACUCUCCCUUCGAGUUAGAGCCAAACAUCCAAACGAUCUGUCUUCCAGCCCAAGGGACGGUUUUCUCGGAUCAAAAAUGCACCGCAUCCGGAUGGGGAAAACACAAAGUCUCCCCAGUCGUUGGUAUUUCAGCCAUUCCAAAAAAAUUAGAACUUCCGGUAGUGGACAACGAGGCCUGUCAGACGGCUCUCAGGACAACCAAACUUGGCUCAAGCUUCGCGCUGCAUGAUACGUUCCUGUGUGCGGGUGGCCAACCGGAUGUGGACACCUGUCUCGGAGAUGGAGGUGCACCCCUAGCUUGUCCAAUGCCGGAUCAACCGGAUCGGUUUGUCCAAGCUGGAAUUGUGGCCUGGGGAGUCGGUUGUGGAAUGGAAGGGUUACCGGGAGUUUACACUAGCGUUAGUGUGUUCACCGAUUGGAUUAAUCGAAAAAUCGAGGGCCAAAAUGGCGUUUUGUAAAACAAAAGUUUGGUGAUCUUACUAUACAAGUAAAUCGAACGAAAGAAUCGAUUCAUUACAGACUUUUGUGUACAAAAAAGUGAUGGGCAUGUAUUACUGUUUUUUUUUCCUGUUAUAGAAUGUUAUAGAACCUCAGUCGAAGUGAUGAAGUGAGUCGAUUUGAGAUUACCUGAUCCCAAAAGGUGUUUGACAAUUGGUGUUAAUAAACAUGUCAGAAAAUUCGCUCAGGUACGGCGGAAUUUUGUCCUACAUCGCUCAAGGCUUGAGACAUUUCAAUUUAUGACGUUUCCAAAUUGAUACUAUUUUUUUAUUACAAAUUUCGGUUUGCAAAUCAAUAAACAUUUGUAUUGAUGCUCAAAUCGUGACACAAAAAAUCUCUACCACAGUCUCUACCGCGUCUUUAAUUUUUUUUUUUUUUAACAAGAAGUGUAACCUAACAAGUUCAGAAUUUGUAGCCGACCAUAAUAACAAAUUUAAAUUUUUAAUUACAAAUUUUCUGUAAAUAUAAUAUAUUUUCAAGAAAUCAA